AUGCGUGACCGCGUCUUCCAGGCGUCUUCUACGCGUUUUCUAGGCGUCUUUCAGGCGUUUUCUAGGCGUCUUUCGGGCGUCUGGGCGUUUUCUAGGCGUCUUCCAGGCGUCUUCCACGACGCGUCCCGCCCACUCCUACACUUCUUCAGCCAGCAGCCUUGCUGGGCAUCUAAUACCGGGAAACAAAGAACGGCCACCGAGAAAAGACGCCGCGCCGGCUUUCUUGGGCGAUACGACUCAGUUGGCAUUGAUUGUUACCGCAAUGGAGACGGAGCACUCGUCGCGCCACCACCACCUCGACCUUUGUUGCAACUAUCGCCCGCUUCACCGCCCUCUAUAAUCGCCUCAGGCAAGAUCGAACUCGAGUCGCGCGGCCAUCAAUGCAGAGCUGCCUCCAUUGCCCAAGCCCACAAACAGCAGCCCUCUUGCACGCGUCCAACGCUAUCACCUCAAGUCGAGCCAAUGAUUCGACAGCCGACGCCGGGUGAGGGGGGAACGCUGCCGAAGUCCGUGGACUCUCAAUUGCAGCAAUGCAGCGGAGGUUGCUUUGUCAUGGCAAACCACAAUGUGCUUGAAGUGCGAGAGCGAUUAGAAGGACAUGUGUUCCCCCUCUUUUCGCGGGCGCCUCGCUCUCAAUCGUCUGUCGCCGCCCCUCCGCGCCCCGCUUCCGAUUUCGAGACGCACGUUGUCUGCAUUAUUGCGAUGGGUCUGUUGGCAAAUUGA